AUGGACAAUGAUACUCGUCAGAAUUCGCAAGAGCUUGUGUUGGACAGACAAUUCUGCUCAUGUGUACUUCGUAGAAUCUCGUAUAGUUCUCAGCCUCAGCAGCACGCGAUUCCGUACUCCUCGGCAGCUGACGUUUCUAGCUUCAGCUACUCCAGUCCAGUAGUGUCCUACAACAGCGCGGGCCUUUUCCAGCAACUUGCUGGCAAAGCACCAUCAGGUACUUCCCAGGCAGCCAGCUACAGUCAGCCGACUAAGGUGCAGUACAUCAGCGUACCAAGGACCAAGUCCGCACCGGUAUCCUAUUCACCAUCAAAGGCGAGCUCGCAAUCGUCUGCAGCUUACGCAGCCUCGCCAAAUGCCUAUUCGGCGUCUCCAAGCGCUUACUCUCAAGGUUCCAGCCAGUACUCACAGCCUGACUACUCUCACGCCUCCAGUGCCUAUUCAUCAUCUCCAAGUGCCUACUCCCAAGCAUCACCCAGCAGCCAUGCAUCAGGCACUCCCACCACAUACUCCCAAGCAGUAGCCAGCCAACCAUCUUAUUCAUCCCCAGCUGCCGCAGGUCUUGACGAUGCUUACCAACAAGUGUCCCAAAAAGCUGCAUACGCUCGUCCCCAAGCGCAGGCCCUGAUCUACAAAUCUAACCCCGCUGAGCACGUGGUAAACUACGUACCGUCACCGGCAACGUACCAAUCAGCUCAAAAGUCUGCUGCUCAACCAGUGCAGUACGUGCAGACCGCUCCGCAGACAUUCGAGAGUGCUGAUCACUCUACGCAGCAGUAUAUCUACGCACAGCCACAAGCCACGAGGCAGUACUACGCAGUACCGUCACAGAAGCAUGGAGUUACUUACGCGCAAUAAGGUUGCAGGAAUAUGUCGAUUGUCUAAUGUAGACGAUGUUAUGACAGGUGAAGAAAACGUUAAUUUAUGAACGUAUUUGUUAAGACCGUUUUACAGUCUUGCAGUUUCAAGACGGCAUUGUUUUGUCUACAAGACAAUUACAAUCUGUCACAUUCCUAGCCUACAGUUUUGGUUUUGGUUUUUUACCUUUUAUAACGCAUGUUCUUAAUAUCAAGAAAGUAGUUCCAAUCAAAGCACAAUCAAAUAACACUCCUGGCGUGAAUAAGCAAAACUGCUUAAAUAUAGACAUACAUCCAUGAAUACUAUAUGGAUAGAUAUCAGCGUUAAAAUUCGAAAUAUACAUAACAGAUAUUGAAAACAAUCCAGGUAAAUAUUACAAAAGACAUCGGAUAAGAAUAAAUUGAUAGAAACAGCAAUUUUGGUCUAACAUACACAUUGGUUAUUUAGUGAAUCAAAAAAUUGUUCGAUACUACCCUAUAGUAUUUUUUUAAUAUAUUUAUUUUAUUUAAAUCUUGUUCCAGUUGCCUUCUAAAAGCACUCACUUGUAGUUCAGUCACAUAUUAAAGUAGCGAGUUGUAAAGCAAGCUUUGUUCCAAGGUAUUUUGUUUUCUCAAUAUGGUGUCGUGGAGUAGCUAUUUUAUAUUUUUCUCUAGUGUCAUGACUGUAGAUCGUAUUCAUCCUUAUUUUGUUUGAUCUAAAUCAACCGAUGUUAAAUGAUUGCGGCAUAUAAUGUCGUGAUACCCAAUCUCCUAAAGUUGCUCCUAUAUGGGUCGUCGUGUUUGGCUUUGACAACGUUCCGUACUUUUUGUAAGUAAGUAAGAGUGAAAGACACUGCCUCAACUAACUAUACCAGAAACAAUUACGUAUAACCACAAAAACCACAGGACCUGUCUGCGUGCAUUGGUAACGUGUAAGUUACUAAAUUUUCCCAACUAAGAGUACAAGACCCGGCAGUUGCAAGAAGGCGACAACAAGAAUCGUGUGUCUUGUUGGUGCGCAUGCGUCUGAACAAGAUUUCUCUUGCAUUUUGCUGAUUGUAAAACCCCUAUUAGACAACUGGGAUUUUCAAUGUCAAGUCAUUAAGGCAUUUGCCCACUGUACAGUAUUAACAAGAUAUAUAGCACCGGAUUUCAGUAUAACUGUUGAUAUGAUGUCAAAGUGACAGUUAGGAGUCCAAGGCUUGCUAUGAUAAAUUAGUUUUUUGUAUACAGAAGGCUAGGCAGAAUACUGGACACCGCGACUGCUAUAUGAACCUCAAGACACCUUGUUUAUCCGCUUAUAGAGCUGCCAGAAGUGAGGAUAGAUUGUUUUACAAUCUUGGUACCAUAUGCCUGCACUUCACUAUCGGCGACGAUCGUUGAUCGUGUGAUCGCAAGCAUCCACAUGAGUGUCCUUAAUAGUUUGUCCGAAAAACCGACAAGUCACGGGUCGAAGGCGAUCAUAGAUGAUUAUCAACGAGUACAGGCGAGUAUGCACUCUACACGAUCGUGCUCUCGCGAAAUCUUUUGUAAUCGCCGAUUGUGAAGAGGAGCCAAUUAGUACAAAGGUGCUGGUAGGCUGAAACCAGGACGUUGACUCAAAGAGAGCCCUAUCGUUGACGACCCGUGGGUGCCGAAGAGAGAGAGAGAGAGAGAGAGCGAGAGUCAGUAGGACUGCUAGCUCUCCCUUGAACAGCAUCGAGCAUGGGCAAUGUAGUCGAGGCGGCAGCACCACACACACGUAAUACCUUAGACUACGUCUUAGUUAAAAAUAAAGAAAUUUGUAUCUCUUCAUAUAUUCUAAUUUCUAUGGCAUGUUUGAGAUAUGUGCACAGAGCCUGACUCGGUGUUAUCGGCAAUGUUGCCCUACCUUUAUAACACGUUCCUAGUUUGGUAUAGUAUAGUGGGCAAGUACCUUAAUAAAUGAAGAUACUCAAUAAGGCUUUAGACGUAGUAAGCCGUGAGCUGUCAAGUUGGCCAUCAAUUUGUUUUAUUAUCAAGGUACACAGUAUUUUCAGGAUCCUCCUUUGAUUUAACAGUAUUCGGUAAUGGAUUGUGAAGACAAAAGUGUAUGCGGGGCGUGUCAGUACUAAACGUACUGCUGGCUGUCUGGAUCCCUGUGGUUAAACUAUACUGGGCAUAACAAAAGUAAUGCAACGGAUCGAUGCUCUUUCACUUGAAGAAGGUUAGAAUCAUGUCUUUCCUAGCUAUGAAUAAACAGUUUAAUGGUGACCUUCGAUUUGACCUUGAGCCUUGCCUUCAAGGUAAUUACAAGUUCAACUUUUGCGUAUUAAAUAGAAAACCCCUUUUUUCACACCAGCAAUCGAGGGACAAAGUCACAUUUAAAAGUCAAAUGUGUGAAGCUGCUGCAAAUUCCUAGUUAGUAACGAUAUUGAUGAAAAAGAUCCAGGUUACACCUUUAAUAACAUGGAUUUCAGUAAUUACUUUAGAUUUUACCGUGAGCCGCACCUUGAAGGCCAAACAGUACUUAAGAGCGUAAUAUAACAAAAUUAAGUGGGAUUCCCAGUUAAAAAGUAGGUGACCCUGAAAGGACUGAAGGUGAGGUUCAAGGCUGAAUCCAAGGUCGCCACCGAAAUAUUUACUAAGAGUUACUAAUAAUCAGCUUUCUCAAUUUCCUGCUAACCACUUUAUAAUUUUCCCAUGCCCCACACUUAUGACCUUCACUUGACCUUCACAGAUGACCUUGAUCUUAUAUUUUAAUAGAUACUCGAACAUAGAAUGUCCUGAUCUCUCGAAUGCCGCUGUCAAAAUAAGAACUUUCUAUUUAAACAACAAAAGAUGACCUUGAAGGUGAAAAUACCAUACCUAGAAGAGUAGCAAGCCGCUCAGUUACUUUUGUUACAUCCGCUACAAAAGACUAUGCGCAGAGAAAAAAUAUCUACUGCUUACAAAAAUGUAAAUUUAUCCCUCUAGGUGCUCAGAAUUACUAAGCAGCUUUAGUGUUGAAGCGUGAUGCCCAUGCUAUUUUAAAACUUUGUCAGUAGUUUAAUCUGCCAGAUCCGUUACACAGAUAGAAGGUAAAGUUAAAUGCUAACGUUAUAAGCUGGGAUCGAAAAACAGCAAAAUAUUUAAAGUCGCAAGCUAUAAAGCAUACAACCUCAAUAAAAAUCUGUUUAUAGAGUCGUAUAAUACAACGCUCAUAAAGACUGAUGUUUAUCAGCUGGAUGUGAUAGUUACAUAGCAAGGAUCAUUCUGCUUGCUCUUUUAUUAUCAAUCGUAUAGGGCCUAGCUUUGGAAUAUGCAACAUUGCAGUGAUUUGCUGCCUUCAAUAGUCGAAGCUUUACGACGUGUUUGAGCACUGUAUGUACCCAAACAUAAACACACAGGGAAAAAGUACAAUAGAUUUUAUGGCGAAUCAUUCUGCUGAUAACUUCUGACAUUUCCAGGGAAGGGCUCAAUUUUUCACAUACCUUCCACAACCUUUGCUUUUAAGUCCACCGCUAGAAUCAUAGUUUAAAGAAAAUUUAAACUGAGUUAUCUUCCUUUGAGUUCACUCGAUGGGCCUGUCAGAGAAUUUCUGUUGGCUGUGGAUGGUUUAAAGUAGCUAAUCAAGUCAGACACACAUAGCUUAGCGACGUUCUUUUGAUAGUUCGUCAACUGAAAAUGACGGAUACAAUUUAGGCAUCCUUUAUUUCGCUAGAGACACGUAUAUAAAAUAUCAGUGAUAAUAUCGUCUACAUUUGUUAAAACUUUUGUAAAUAAGUUUCCGAACCAUUAGUUCCAGUUCUGACAGGCUGUCUAUAGAUUAAGGUGUUUUAUGUUCUUAUUUUGUAUUCGUAAUAUAUUUUGACAAAUUC